AUGAAGCAAUUUAUUUGGUAAAUAAUAUAAUUUGAAAAGAAGUUAGAAUAUUGUCGUUAAGACUUAGCUUUAGAUUAAGACUUUUCAAUUGAAUUCUUUCCAGAAACAAUUACAUAUUUAGGAUUAAAAUAAUUAUUUCAUAGAGAAAUGAAAGGAUUUUUCAAUAGAUAUGAUUCUGAUCGAGAUGGUAAAUUAUCAUUCAAUGAUCUUUAAUAAUUUGUUCAACCAAGAUAAUUGGAAUAUUAAUGCUUUAUAAAGAAAGGAGGGAAUUUUAAUCGAUUGAUUGAAUUAAUAGAAAUAGCUGAAGAGUAUGAAAGUUACUUAAUUGAAAAUAUUGAAAAAUUGGAAUUUCAGGAAAAUUAUUAGGUUUCAAUAAAAUAAUUUUUAAGUUCAAAAUUUAAACAACCAAGCGAAAAAGACAUAUGGUAUCUUAAUCAAAGGUUUGAUUGUUAUACAAUAGAAGAUUUCUUGGGUUAUUUUGAACAGUUUAAAAAAACUAAUUGA